CUUUGUCAGGUGACAGCUGGCGCCUGACUCUAAGCCGCUUUGGUGGGGAUGGCGCGGUUGGAACUCCGGGAAGAGUCGAGAGCUGCGGCCGGCCGGAGGGGGCGGCCGCUGGAUUCCCCUCCGCCACCCCGUCCCGCCCCGUCCGGGCGAUCCCGCUUGCCGCCGCUGCUGCUGUUGCUCCUGCUGCUCUCGCCAGCCUUCCUUUGCUCCGGCGCAGCCGGCGCCCGACCUCCGGAGCCGGACCAGCCGUUCCGAAUCCCUGACGGGUGGACUUCUCUGGGCCGCGUGGCCCCCGCCGAGCGGCUGAGCCUGAUUUUUGCGCUUCGGCAGCGGAACGUGGAGCGGCUGAGCGAGGUGGUGCGCCACAUCUCCUCACCCGACUCACCCAAUUACGGGCACUUCCUCUCCCUGGCAGAAGUGCGUACUUUCGUCUCCCCCUCUCCUCUGACAUUGAACAGUGUGGACAAGUGGCUGGUGGUGCAUGGGGUCCAGGAUUGCCAGAGAGUCAGCACCCUGGACUUCCUGCAGUGCUCGAUGCCAGCCAGCACUGCUGAGCAGCUGCUCCCAGGAGCUCAGUUCCACCGUUAUGCAAAGGACGCUCGCAGGGUCAUAAGGUCCCCUCUGCCUUACCUGCUUGAUCAAGAGCUAGUGGACCAUGUGGAUUUUGUGGGGGGGCUGCACCGUUUCCCAGCUGAACGGAAGGUGGUGAGCCGGGCCUGGGCUGCAAAGAAGUCACCAUCGGGAGGCGAUGGGCAGUCCAGUUUCCAUCUGGGUGUGACACCGUCGGUGCUCCGCCAGCGAUACAACCUGACCCACAUGGAUGCGGGCAACUUCUCGCGCAACAGCCAGGCCUGCGCCCAGUUCCUGGAGCAAUACUUCCACCAGGCCGACCUGGCUGAGUUUAUGCAGCUCUUCGGUAGAACGUUUCCCCACCGCUCCCAGGUUGACCAAGUCAUUGGGCCCCACGGCUUUGGCUUAGCUGGCUUGGAGGCCAGUCUGGACGUGGAGUAUCUCAUGAGCACGGGUGCCAACAUUUCCACCUGGGUCUUCAGCAAUGCAGGUCGCCACGAGAGCCAGGAGCCCUUCCUGCAGUGGCUGCUCCUGCUCAGCAACACCAGUGGGCUGCCGUGGGUCCACACAGUCAGCUAUGGAGAUGAUGAGGACAGCCUCUCUCAAGCCUACAUGAAGCGGGUCAACACAGAGUUCAUGAAGGCCGCCGCCCGCGGCAUGAGCAUCCUCUUUGCCUCAGGUGACUCUGGGGCCGGCUGCCGGGCAGUUUUGGGGGGGAAGCAUGUCUUCCGGCCCAGCUUCCCAGCCUCCAGCCCUUAUGUGACAACCGUUGGGGGCACGGCCUUCCAGCAGCCCUUCCUGGUGGGCACUGAAGUGGCAGACUACAUCAGCGGAGGCGGGUUCAGCAAUGUCUUCCCUAUGCCCGACUACCAGGUAACGGCCGUGAAGCGUUUCCUGAGCACAUCGCCUCAUCUGCCCCCCGCCAGCUACUACAACAGCACAGGCAGAGCUUAUCCAGAUUUGGCGGCCCUUUCGGACAAUUACUGGGUGGUGACCAACCACAUCCCCAUGCCCUGGGUCUCGGGAACCUCUGCCUCCACUCCCGUGGUGGGGGGCAUUAUUGCCCUGAUCAAUGACUGGCGCCUCCAGAGAGGGCUGCCUGCCCUGGGCUUCCUCAACCCUGCCCUCUACCGGCUCCAGGAAAGAGGGAACAGCACUGCCCUCUAUGACGUGAUCCAUGGAUGCCAUCUGUCCUGUCUGGAUGCUGCUGUGCAAGGCCAGGGCUUCUGUGCUGCCCCUGCUUGGGACCCCGUCACAGGCUGGGGGACCCCCAACUUCCCUGAGCUGCUGCGUGGCCUCCUGGGCUAGCAUGCCAUGGCUUGGGCCUUGCUGGUGGCCAGCUUUGCAAUCAGGAUGGGGGAGAGGGAAUGGACUGGGUGUGUGACUGGGAGGCUACAAUGGCACAUGAGGGGGGGCAUCCUGCUCCUGCCCCAAGGGGUUUCCUUUUUUCCAAGUGAGAACUGUGGCAGAGGGGUCUAUCAAUGCCAAGAAGCCGGCCACUGCCAGCCAUGCAACCCUGGGGUUUGGGGGGGAGGUUAGUGUUGUGCAAAGUGCUUUGAAUGCAGAAUCCCAGAAUCCUAUUUCAGGUGUGAAAUGUGAUGUUGCCAAGUGCCCCAACCGCCAGCUUCCCAUUGGACUCCAGGCACUGCAGUCUCUGGCCCAUCUAGAAGCCUUGGGACUGGGUAGGGACGCUUGAAAUCGCACAGCAAUAUUUGGCCCAAGGGGUUGUUCUAGUCCUCCAUAAAGCAAUUGUUCCAAAUCCCAGGUCAGGUAGGGCUGUUAAAGCCGUCAAGUCCUGGCAGAAAUUCUGAUAUGAGCCUAUUCGGAUUCAGCUUGACCGCAUCAAUCCCCUGCCUGCCUGCACCGAAAGCAAGUUCCACUGUCCAGUCAUCUGCCAUCCUGCAACUUAAAUCUAUGGUUUUGUGGUCUACACACUGGAAUAAAGGGCAUCCUGAAACUCUGAAGUGCCCAAAAGAGGGCGAUCUCUUCUCUCCUGCUGGCUCUUUUCAGGCUAAGCCUUUCCACAGGCGAAGAUCACUCCUGCCAGCAAUGACAGGGCAAACCACUAGUGCGUAACAUGAGAGCAAGCCCCUCUUCCUUCCAGCACUGAUGAUGUUACCUAGUUUGAUCAGGAAAUGUCUGCAAGGAAACCACCAACCUUGGAGCACCAAGGUCCCCUCAUUUCCACUUUCUUUAGUCUGUCUUGGUUUCCAGCCCCCCCACCCAAUCAUCCUUUAUUCUUCCAAGUUCUCUGAAUUCUAAAAUGCAUUACCCAGAGCUAAGCAGAUCACAUAAAGGAGAAGAAACUGAAAUGGUUAUUUCUCAAAAUCUUGAGAAGCUGCAGAUUGUAGAAACUUAUCAAUUCACCCUAAAAUUGCAUUUGCCCUUAUUGCAACCAAGUUCACACAGCUGACUCGGUUUCUAAAGGUAAAGAGAUUCCUUGAGUCAAAGGUGGGUGUUAGUUAUCCCACCCAAUUUUGUAUCACCUAUAGAUUUGAAUAGUAUUUUCUCCAAAAUGAUUAAUAAAAAUACUGAAAAAUAAA